GAGAGAGAGAGAGAGGCAGUGACCGCAGUCUCAGCUUUGGAGGAGAGCAUGAGCGCCCCUAUCUCGGGGGCCUUCGCCCUCUCCGCCUCCUUGGCCUCUCCGUUGUGCCGGCGUUUUCAGCUGAAAUGGACCAGUUUUCAAGCACACUCGUGUCGUGUGAGAGCGUUCUCAGCUGCAAAAUCAGAUAGAGUUCCUUUGCCGAAGAAAAAAAGGAGGUUGGAUGAGAUAUGCCUUGAAAGGUUUCAGCAAUAUAGCAGGACGUACAUUCAGUCAUGGAUUCUGCAAGGCAAAGUGCUUGUUGAUGGAAGAGUUGUGAGCAAAGCUGGAACUCCUGUAUCUGAUAAAUCAACUGUAGAAAUAAAGGCUGAAAUUCCAAAAUAUGUAUGUAGAGCAGGAUAUAAGUUAGAGGCUGCUAUAGAACAACUUGGUGUCGAUGUUGUUGGGAAAGUUGCACUUGAUUCCGGAUUGUCUACUGGAGGAUUUACAGAUUGUCUACUGCAGCAUGGUGCAUCAUUUGUUUAUGGUGUUGAUGUGGGUUAUGGACAGGUGGCUGAAAAAAUUCGUCGAGAUGAACGUGUUUGUGUGGUUGAACGCACAAAUUUAAGAUAUCUCUCUGCUCUACCGCAACAAGUUGACUUGGUGACUCUCGACCUGUCAUUCAUUUCUAUUCUUUUGGUGAUGCCUGCAGUGGUGAAAGUCAUGAAGACAGAGUCAACAUUAGUGACACUGGUUAAACCUCAAUUUGAGGCUCAUCGGUCCCAGGUCGGAGGAGGUGGAAUUGUAAGAGAUCCACAAGUGCAUCAAGAAGUUCUUGAUAGAAUAAUCAAAGGUGUUGAAGGUUUCGGCUUCCAAAACAAGGGGUGGAUCGAAUCCCCUCUCAAGGGCGCCGAAGGGAACACCGAGUUCCUGAUUUGCUUUGUUAGAAACCCGGGAGAAGUGUCAUGAUCUUUUACAUGAUGACUAUAUGUAAAACUACUGAAUCAUGAAAAAUCACAAGCAGGAUGGUCAUAAUUUUUUUGCCUUUGUGAGUGUACUACUGUCUUGUUGGUAAAUUUUGAUGACUUAUCAGUUUGUAUUCUUAUGGAAAUUUAACAAUGUGUACUCUAUGAGAAUUUUGUGUUUAUGAUGAUGUUAUUGUCCUCUAA